AUGUCUGUGUGUUUUCCAGGGAACGAAUACGGAACACUUUAUAUUCAGGAAUACAAGAAAAGCAGCAAAGUGGAGUCAAGUACAUGCAGCAGCUUCAUGGGCUUGAAGGAUCACCUGGGGCAUGACUUAGGCCACCUUUAUGUGGGGAGCAGUGGCACACAAAUAAAUGCAAUUGUACCUUGGUCAAUGGUGGAGAAGCCAACGAUGGAUAAGGUUAAUUCUAGGAAAGAAGAUGUAGACAAGGAGACAUCUGAAGAGAAUUCUGGAAGUUCCAGCUGUGACUCUGAAGAAAGCACAAAUUCUGAUAAUGAUUCAGAAAGACUGAAUAAUUCUGCUUCAGAAUCACAUUUGCCUAAGACUCACCGACAGCUGUGCCGAUCUCCUUGCUUAGAGCCUCAUAUACUAAAAAGAAAUGAAAUCUUACAAGACUUUAGGAUAGAAGAAGCUCAGAUAGUACCUAACGAAGUAAAACCCCCUGAUGUGGUGAAAGAAUAUCAAACCAAACUGGAGUUUGCACUUAAAUUGGGUUACUCUGAAGAGCAGGUUCAGCUUGUACUAAAUAAACUUGGUACUGAUGCUUUAAUAAAUGAUAUUUUGGGAGAACUUGUCAAACUUGGGAAUAAAACUGAGACUGAUCAGACUGUAACUAAUGCUAACACUAGUGUAAUACGUGAAGCAUCUUCCAUAGAGUCUCAGAGGUCAGAGUCUCCACUGCAGGAGGAUAUGACAGAGGAUGGUGACAACCUGAGACCAAUAGUUAUUGAUGGCAGCAAUGUUGCAAUGAGCCAUGGGAACAAAGAAGUGUUUUCCUGUCGAGGAAUCAAAUUGGCAGUGGACUGGUUUUUGGAAAGAGGCCAUAAGGAUGUUACUGUGUUUGUGCCAGCAUGGAGGAAAGAGCAGUCGAGACCUGAUGCUCUUAUCACAGAUCAAGAAAUCUUGCGUAAAUUAGAAAAGGAGAAGAUUCUUGUGUUCACACCAUCCCGCCGGGUGCAGGGGAGAAGGGUGGUGUGCUACGACGACCGAUUUAUAGUGAAGUUGGCCUUUGAGUCAGAUGGCAUCAUUGUGUCUAAUGAUAACUACAGGGAUCUAGCUAAUGAAAAGCCUGAAUGGAAGAAGUUCAUAGAUGAACGCUUGCUGAUGUAUUCAUUUGUUAAUGACAAAUUUAUGCCUCCUGAUGAUCCUCUUGGUCGCCAUGGUCCAAGUCUGGACAAUUUCCUUAGGAAGAAGCCUAUUGUGCCAGAACAUAAGAAGCAACCAUGUCCAUAUGGGAAGAAAUGUACCUAUGGACACAAAUGCAAAUACUAUCAUCCAGAGAGAGGAAAUCAACCUCAGCGAUCUGUGGCUGAUGAACUUCGUGCCAUGUCUAGAAGUGCAGCUGCCAAAACUACAAGUGAAGGAGGACUGGUAAAAAGCAAUAGUGUUCCCUGUAGCACUAAAAAUGAUGUCACUUCUGAGCUGAAGCGUGCUGCUCCAAAGAGGCAAUCAGAUCCUAGUAUAAGGACUCAAGUCUAUCAAGACUUGGAGGAAAAGCUUCCCACCAAAAACAAAUUGGAAACCAGGUCUGUACCUUCUUUAGUUAGUAUACCAAGUUCCUCUGCUGCAAAACCCCAAAGUACUGCACCUUUAACUAAUGGCCUUCCAUCUGGAGUUCACUUCACACCUCAGGAUCAAAGACCACAGGGACAGUAUCCCACAGUGAUAAUGGCAACCAAAAAUCAUGGAACACCAAUGCCUUAUGACCAAUAUCCAAAAUGUGAGUCUCCUGUGGAUGUAGGGUAUUACUCCAUGCUGAGUGCAUAUUCAAAUCUAAGUAUAUCUAGCCCACGUAGUCCUGAAAGGCGCUUCUCCUUGGACACAGAUUAUAGGAUUAGCUCUGUAGCUUCUGACUGCAGCAGUGAAGGGAGCGUCAGCUGUGGCAGUAGUGAUUCCUACGUGGGUUACAGCGAUCGCUCUUACAUGAGUUCGCCUGACCCGCAGCUAGAGGAGAACUUGAAGUGCCAGCAUAUGCACCCCCAUGGCCGCCUUAACACUCAGCCCUUCCUCCAGAGCUACCACGAGCCUCUCGCACGAGUGCAAAGCUAUAGUCACGAAGAACCAAAGCAUCACCACAAACCUCCAGUUCCAUACAUGGCUGUGCACCUACAGCAUCCAGCAGUCGCUGCUCGUUCUAGUUGUCCAAAUGAUUACUCUACAUCUCAGAGUUCACCACAUUCAAAAUCCAUGCAUCUGGGGAGAGCCCUCGUGUCCACAAGAAUAGACAGCAUUUCAGACUCACGUUUAUAUGAUAAUUCUCCACUAAGACACAGAAAGCCUUAUUCUGGCCAAGAUGGGCUUGGAAGCUGGGAUAGGCAGGGUUACGGGAUGGAUGCAUAUGGCUACCGCCAGACCUACUCCUUGCCAAGUAACCCAACACAGCCAUGUUAUGAGCAGUUUGCCUUCCAAAGCUUACCUGAACAGCAGGACCAGACCUGGCGAGUACCUUACUGUGGAAUCCCUCAAGACCCUCCAAGGCUCCAAGACACCCGGGAGAAGGUUUACAUUAACCUCUGCAACAUCUUCCCCCCUGAUCUGGUGAGGAUCGUCAUGAAGAAGAACCCUCACAUGACAGAUGCUCAGCAGCUUGCUGCAGCCAUCUUGGUGGAAAAAUCUCAGCUAGGUUAUUGA